UAGAGGAGCGUUGUUGCCUGAGGCGUCGCAGACCGAGCCUUUUCCUCUCCCGCAUGAAGAUACGAGCGAAAAGCAGGAAUCGUUCAUGGAAAUAAAAUAGUCCCGGCUCGUUUUUUCUUUUUUGUUUUGUUUUUAUUUGUUUUGUGAUCGCAAGACAGACACUGGAGCUUAAAAAUGGCUGAAAUUACCAAUUUGAAUUUGAGCAACCUACCGACCUAUGACGUCUCUCCAGUCCUGGCUGGCUUCCUGGGCGCGGGCGUGCUGGUCGUCUCGGUGACGGUUGCCGUGUUCCUGUGGACAUGUUGCCAGCGCCGCUACCGGCGCAUGACGGGGGCGUACAAGCUGAGCGGGCCCUACGACCCCCCCGUGGACCCCCCCUACAAGUUCAUCCACAUGCUCAAGGGCAUCAGCAUCUACCCAGAAUCCCUCAGCUCCAGCAAGAAGAUCGUGCGCGUGGGCCGUCGUCACGGUAGCAACAACAACAACACUGGCCCCUCCCCCUCCUCCACGUCCUCUUCCUCUUCCUCCUCGGCCGCGUCGUCUCUGACAUCGUCACUGCGCGACUGGCGAUACGGUUUCGGGGGCGGGGAGUGUGGCCGCGGCUGCCAUGGCGAUGCGGAGGGUGGCUUCGGUGGGCAUCUGCAGAUGAACCCGCUGGUGGUGCCCCCGUGUGGCGUGCCCAGGCUGGAGCGGGCGCUGCCCAUCCGAGCAGACUACUGCUGCCUGGAGGGUUCCGGAAACGGAACGCACGGAGGAGAGGGGACAGGCAUCAAGACAGCCACACCCCACGGCAUAGGCCACACCUCCCCCGCCUCGCUGGGCACGCUCAGUCUGACGGUCGACUACAACUUCCCCAAGAAGGCCCUGGUGGUGAGUGUGGUGAGUUGCCGUGGGCUGCCGGCGGUGGAUGAGUCCACCGCGACCUCCGACCCCUACGUGAAGCUGACCAUCCUGCCAGAGAAGAAGCACCGCGUGAAGACCCGUGUGUUGCGCCGCACGCUCGAACCCGUGUUCGACGAGACCUUCACCUUCUAUGGCGUGGCCUACAGCACGCUGCCCGAGCUCACGCUGCACUUCCUAGUGCUCAGCUUUGACCGCUUCGCCCGCGACGACAUCAUCGGCGAGGCUGCCGUGCCAUUGGCCGGGAUCGACCCCAGCACAGGCCGUGUGCACAUCAACCAGCCCAUCACCAAGAGGAACGUGCAGUGUGAUACCCGUGGUGAGCUACUGGUCUCCCUGUCCUACCAUCCGGCCACCCAGAGGCUCAACGUGGUGGUGCUGAAGGCCAAACACCUCCCAAAGAUGGACAUCAGCAGCCUGCCUGGCAACCCGUACGUGAAGGUGAACGUGUUCUACGGCCGCAAGCGCAUCGCCAAGAAGAAGACGCACGUGAAGCGCAGCACGGCCAACCCGGUCUUCAACGAGUCCUUCAUCUACGACCUGCCGGCCGAGCUGCUGCCCGACCUGUCGGUGGAGUUUCUGCUGAUGGACUUCGAGCGAUCCACCAAGAGCCAGCAGGUGGGCCGCGUGGUGCUGGGCGGCCAGAGCCCCGCUCCCAACGGCGUCACACACUGGCGGGAGGUCUGCGACAACCCCCGCCGGCAGAUCGCCAAGUGGCACAACCUGGAGGAGUUUUAGGAGGAGGAGGAGGAGACACGGAGAGAGGGAUAUGGAGAAGAGGAGAGGAGGUAGGGAUGAAUAGUGGGUGGUGCGUGGUGGUGGGUGGUGAGAGGAUUUAGGAUGGCUGGAUGGAUGAAUGGAUGGAC